AUGUCGUCGCCAGCGAAUCGACGUGGGAACCGCUCGUCAGCGAACAACACCCCCAGCAGCCGCCGUUCACAACGUAGCAAUGGCUCACAAGUACCUCCGCCUAGCAGCGAUCCUGCCGCCCCCGGAGAGGACGGCGACGCGGCCAACUCGCAGCUGCUGAGCGAAGCCGACGCCGCCKGGACAACACCUCGUGCCUCUCAGCACUCGCAGCGUACAUCGACAAGAGGAACACCGCGUGCUUCGCAGCAGAGCCAGGCCCCACCAGACAGCUCGCCGCUUUUCUUCCGCUCAAGCCCCGCCGGCAGCCAAAGUCAGAGUCAAAGCCAGGGACUCGGAGUACCCGCUCCCAACGGCAGCGUGCAAGGAAGUUCGCCAUUGAGACAGAGGGCAGAUGUCAGAUUGGGAAGUAGUGAAGGCGGGCGCACGCCGAGGGGCCCUCCUGGUAUUGGAGACUCCUCGCCAAUCCACUAUGCCACGAGCUCCGAGGCGGCAACUCCAGCAGAUAUUGGCAACCGUCAGCACGGCACGAGUUCGACGGGCUUGUUUGUGCGGUCUGGACGUUCAGGGGCACCUAGCGGCAGUGCAAGGGAGAGGAGGCACGACAUCACCUCGGAUCUGCUCGAAGGAAGUGGACGCCGCCGACAGCUCUUUGUCGACGAGAAUGGAGUGCCUGUCCCCGGCGAUGCCUCUGAUACCAACACCUUCUCAAAUCUCAACCCUGGCACCUCGGACGCUGCUGAGCUUGGAGGGCGCUCGUCGAAAUUUGUGUGGGGCACAGAUGUCUCAAUUCAGGACUCGUUUGCUGCCAUGAAAGAUUUUAUUUACAACUUUCAAAGGAAAUAUCGAAUGAUUGCCGAUGGCGACAUUCUGGAAGGCGAAACAUUGCCUGCUGGCGACGUGGCGCUCGAGAAGGAGAAUCUGAAUAUGCUGGAGACAAUGCUGGAGCUGAGCUCUACAUGCUUCUACCUAGAUUGCAGGAAUCUGAAGGCCUACCCAGGGACAAGGAAGCUUUGGCAUCAGUUGCAGUCAUUUCCCAGCGAGAUCAUUCCCGUACUGGAUACCGCUGUCAAGGACACCUUGAUUGAGUUGGCGGAGAAGAAGAUGGGCGAAAGGCGCUCAACGCAGUCUGAACAAUCACAGGCUGGCCGCAAUCGCGAUUCCAGCCCCAUGCCUCCCAUGCCCAGCUCGGAUGUGGACAAUAUGGGCGGCCAGACUCCAAGACCUGCAAACCAGCAGCCCGUGGCAAACGAGCAGGAUCUCGUUGCAGAGGUCGAGCAGACAAUAUACCGUGUGAGACCGUUUGGAUUGGACAACACUACAAAUCUGCGCGAAUUGAACCCAGGCGACAUGGACCAGCUCGUGUCGGUGAAGGGUCUCGUCAUUCGCACCACGCCCAUUAUUCCCGACAUGAAGGACGCUUUCUUCCGCUGCUCUGUCUGUCAUCAUACCGUCAAGGUCGACAUUGAUCGCGGCAAGAUUGCUGAGCCCACUCGAUGCCCGCGUGAGGUGUGCAGUGCUAGCAACAGCAUGCAGAUCGUGCACAACCGCUCCGGGUUCACGGACAAGCAGAUUAUCAAGCUGCAAGAGACUCCUGAUUCUGUUCCCGAUGGUCAAACGCCUCACUCUGUGAGCAUUUGCGCUUAUGACGAGCUGGUCGACACUUGCAAAGCGGGUGACAGAGUGGAGAUUACUGGUAUCUUCAAGUGCACGCAAGUCCGUGUCAACCCACGCCAGCGUUCGGUCAAGAAUAUCUUCAAGACGUAUGUAGAUUGUGUCCAUGUACAAAAAGUCGAUAAGCGACGCAUGGGAAUUGAUCCUACCACCAUCGAGGAAGAGCUCGCGCAGCAGGCCGCAGGAGGCGACGUCCAGGAGACUCGCAAAGUCAGCGAGGAGGAAGAGCAAAAGAUUCGCGAAACAGCUGCAAGACCAGAUCUCUACGACCUGCUGGCCAGAUCAAUGGCUCCGUCGAUCUACGAGAUGGAGGACGUCAAAAAGGGCAUCCUCCUGCAGUUGUUCGGUGGCACCAACAAGAGUUUUGAGAAAGGUGGCUCGCCCAAAUAUCGUGGCGACAUCAACGUCCUCCUUUGUGGAGAUCCUUCCACAUCCAAGUCGAAGAUGCUGGAGUACAUUCACAAGAUUGCUCCUCGCGGCGUUUAUACUUCUGGAAAAGGCUCAUCCGCGGUCGGUCUAACAGCAUAUGUCACACGCGACCCAGAGACUCGCAGCCUGGUGCUCGAGUCUGGAGCUCUUGUUCUAAGUGAUGGCGGUGUAUGCUGUAUCGACGAAUUCGACAAGAUGUCUGAUUCAACACGAUCAGUAUUGCACGAAGUGAUGGAGCAGCAGACCGUUUCCAUUGCCAAAGCUGGCAUCAUCACCACGCUCAAUGCCCGGACCAGCAUCCUCGCCUCCGCCAAUCCUAUCGGAAGCAAGUACAAUCCCAAUCUGCCUGUGCCACAGAACAUCGACCUCCCUCCUACGCUACUCUCUAGGUUCGAUCUGGUGUAUCUUGUGCUAGAUCGUAUUGAUGAAUCGACGGAUCGCAAGCUUGCGAGACAUUUAGUCGGCAUGUAUCUCGAAGACACCCCGGAGAACGCAAGCAGUGCUGAGAUUCUGCCCGUCGAGUUCCUGACAUCUUACAUCUCCUACGCCCGUUCCAACAUCCACCCUACAAUAACUCAGCCCGCCGCGGAUGCUCUUGUAAAAGCCUACGUGGCGAUGCGGAAGCUGGGCGAGGACAUACGCGCGGCUGAACGUCGAAUCACUGCCACCACUCGUCAAUUGGAAAGCAUGAUCCGUCUAUCAGAGGCCCACGCCAAGAUGCGCCUGUCCCUCACCGUCGAGGAGUCUGAUGUGAACGAAGCCGUACGGCUUAUUCAGUCGGCUUUGCAGCAAGCCGCUACCGAUGCCCGCACAGGUCUAAUUGACAUGGGUCUGUUGACCGAGGGCAGCUCAGCUAGUGAGAGGAAGCGCAAGGCAGAUCUCGCGAUUGGCGUCCUACAGGUCCUCGACGCCAUGUUGAGUGGUGGACAAGCCAGCGCACGAUAUGGAGAUGUCGUGAGAACGCUGAGUGAGCAAAGUAGUGUUCCUGUCGAAGGACAAGAGUUUGCCGAGGCCGUGAGGGGUCUGGAGCAAGAAGGAAAGGUACAAGUUGUUGGAGAGGGACCGAGGAGGAGUAUCCGCAGAGUUACUGGCAUUGUUUGA